UUACAUGUGUUUGUUAUAAGUUUUGUUUGUAAACUAUUGCAGAAUACAAUAAAUAAAUAGUUUUUUAAUUAAAAUACUAAGAAAAUUGUCAUACACUUUUGUUAAAUUUAACUAUUAUUCGUACGUUUCGUAAGUUUUCUUAAAAACGGGAGUGUAAGACGCGUGUGUUGUGAAAGAAAGCAACUUAGAAAAAAGUGGACAUUUUUUCGUUUAGGCGUGCGUGUUUUUCGUUGUCGUAUCGGGGUUACGGUUAACAUUUUGUGCCGGUAAAAUGUCGGUUCUAUUAGCGGAUAUCGAUGCAACCUGUGCCGCUUUAGGUUAUUCCGAUGGCCAACGGUAUCAGGCUGAGCCAGAUGCCAUACAAGGUUUAAAGCAUCUCAUUUGGAUUUUACGUCGUGAUUUGGAUAAUCAUGAGUAUCGUCGCCAUUUGGGUCGUGCCAAAGUUUUGCAAACAGAUUUAGUUUAUAUGCUGCCUGACUAUGUUGACGAUGAUGAAUAUGCCGAUGUACUCAUACGUCUUUUGGUCAUAUUAACAAAUCCCACAUUGUUGUUGUAUCGUGAUGGGCCACCCAAGGAUAAUCAUGGUCGCAAGGUUUUUCUUGAGCUCAUUGAUAUUCUGCAGGGCUAUAAGAAUGCCUUUACACGUGAUAAGAUAUGGUCGGCAGUGUUUGGCAAAUUAAAGAAAUCAUUAGAAAUUGAUUGGGCACUACGUAGUGAAGAACAGAGUCUUUUAAUUGAACGUAUUUUGGUUUUGAUACGAAACGUGCUUCAAGUUCCAGCAAAUCCUGAGGCUGAAUGUCGUGCCGAUAAUGAUGCCAGUGUACAUGAUCAGGUUAUUUGGGCAUUGCAUCAGUCAGGCAUUUUGGAUUUGGUAUUGUUCAUAAUUUCAUCAUCGGAUGAGAAUCAAUUUCAUUUGCAUUGUUUGGAAAUUGUUUGUCUGCUGUAUCGGGAACAGACAGCAGAAAAUUUAGCAGAUGCAUCACUGCAACGCAGUGUCAGUGAAAAGCAACGUGACGAACAAGAACUAUUAGCAGCUAGACGUCGUGAAAAACAACGUCUAGCAUCAAAGCCGGCUGCCGGAAGACAUUCACGUUUCGGCGGCACGUUUGUAAUACGUAAUCUAAAAUCUGUCUCGGAUCGGGAUAUAAUCUGCCAUCAACCAUUGGAACGUGUUACAUCGAUUGAUUUUGAUCGAGAAAAACAGCAACAGAAACGUUCACAUCGCCAUGUACGUGAAGAGGGACAAAUAACGCGUCGCAGUGCAUUUUCAGUACGUUUGUGUUUACGUGAGUAUUGUAUUGAAAUCUUGCGUUCGGCAUACAAUACAUUAGUACGUCAAGUGAGACGUGUAUUGGAACGUAAUUCUGGAUCAACUAGUCAUGAUGAUUCGUACUUAUUGUGGGUCAUACGUUUCUUUAUGGAAUUCAAUCGUCUAAGUGAUAUGAAAUUGGAAUUAGUAAGCGAAUCAUUGAGCGUUCAGUGCUUUCAUUGGGUUCUAACACGUAUGCAACAUGAUAUGGACAUGAUUGUUAGCGACAAGAAACAAGCUCGUCUUUGGGCCAAACGUUUACAUGUUGCUUUAUUGACAUUCCGUGAAUUGCUUCAUAGUAUGUUGGCAUUACAAAAACUUCAAGAUGACAAUGCUCGAGCAUUGUUCGAUAUGUUAUUGAACAAUGUCUGUUAUGUCCUGGAAUACCGAGAGACAAUAUUGCAUCUGUUAAUGAACUACAAUGAGGCGCACAGUACCAAAUAUUACUCAUUACAAGCAAACCUAAAUAUAGGAAAAAAUACAAUGCAAGUAAAUGAAGAACUAUCGAAUCGUUGGGCAGAAAUGGCUGCUGAAGUUUCCCAGGUUUUGUCGAAUGAAUUGCAAUUGCCAGAAGAAGAUCAACCCAUACCGUUUGAUUCGGCAUCAGAUGUACCAAUUGAUGAUCAAAAGGAAGAUUGUAUGAUAAGGAUUCACAAAAUGUUGCGCACUGGUAAAUUGGAACAUGCCGUUGCAUUAAUGCGUGCUGCCAGAGAAGUCUGGCCGGAGAAUGAUGUUUUCGGUGCAAUGUCUGCAGCUCCUGAAGAUGAAUUGCUCUUAAUGCGUGAAAUUUUCAUGCACAACAUAACAACAGUUGACCCCAGUGAAAAUGACCAAAAUGAUGGUGAAAAUUUCGAACGCAGCGAUGAUGACGAAGAGGAAAAUGAAGAAAUUGCAGAUGAUGGCAUGGUCGAGAAAACUUUUAAAUUUGAUGAUUUUGCCAAAAGAUUACUAAAUCCAAAAAUAGUUCGUGCUUGUGUUGUGGUACUUUCUGAUUGGGAACAAAUACCAACAAAAUCCCUAAAAGCAGCUGUAACCAUACUACAUCGUAUUGCCUAUGGAUGCUCAUGUCCGGCCAUGCUUUAUCAGGCCAAACUAUUUCGUAUCUUUCAACAAGUUUUCCACGCUGGUCGUGAUGCACAUCAUGAGGAAUUGCGUCGUUUGGGAAUUUUUGUUGUACGUAAAUUUGUGGAAACCGCACCAAAUAAUCCAAAAAUCUACGCUGAAUUGUUGUUCUAUAAAUCGAUUAAAGAAGCAAACGAACUGGAAAGUGGCUACUGUGAUGCCUAUGAAUCCGGCACCAAAGGAACCUGGACUGAAGAACAAGAGUCAGAGUUACGUUUUCUAUUUGAAGAGAAUCAACAAAAUCCUGAAACUGACAAGGAUGUAAUUGAUUGGAUUUUAGAAAAUAUUGGUGAUAAAACACGCACCAGAAGAGGAGUUCUAAAGAAACUUAAAGAAAUGGGUUUAAAGUUCAAGGCACCAACCAAAAAGUCCACUGCCGAUGCCCACAACAAAAACCUAUGGCGCUCUGAAGAAGAUGAAGAACUACGCAGUCUUUACGAUCAGUAUCGAACUGAAGAUGAUUGUCUCCAACGUAUUCUAGAUGAAUUUGCCGAAAGACGUAAUAAGCAGGCAAUAAUCAAAAGAAUGUUGCAAUUACAUAUUAUCGCCGAUAAAUCGGAAAUUUUACCUCAAAAGCCUCGUAAACGCAAAUCCAAGAAACAAAUGGAAAACGGAGAAGAGGAAGGAAGAGAACAUGAUGAAUAUGAAUUUAUGGAAGAACCAACAUUUGAUGGAACCGAUAGGCCAAGCACAUCUCGGCAAAGUAAGCCUAAGAAGCCAGUCAAGGCUAAAGCACGCAAAAUAGUACGUACUCCGCUAGAUGUGGGCACGGUAAGAGCUUUGUUGGGACAAAUUGAUGCCGAAAAAUACCAAGAAGCUAUUGAUUGGCUUAAAGAAUGUUUGGAUGAUGCUGCUGAUGAUACUGAUGAACCGGCAGAAGAAGACGAUGGUGUACCUUUGGUACCCUUACAAGAAUUGCAAAAAGAGGCCAUGGAAGAUGGAGAUUUCAAAAAGGUUUUGGUAGCUUUAGGCAUACAACCUCCUGUCUUUGGUAUGGAAAGCUAUUGGCGUAUACCCACCUAUUUGAAUUCGGCUGACUUGAAGUUGAGAGCGAAAAUAGUGGCUGGUGAGGAGGUAGAUAUCGAUGUUGAAGAUUUGGAAGAUGAAGAUAAUGAAACGGACAAUGAAAGCGCUGAAGAAAAUGUUGAUAAUCGUGAUGGUGAUGAAAGUGAGGAAGAUUAUUUGGAAGCUUUGGGUAUGGCCAAGGAACGUAAGAAGUUGGAUAAUUUAGAAAAUUAUAUGGAUCAACAAAGAGAGAAAAUGAAAAACUUAAUGUUUAGCAAGAGUGAUGAAGAGACUGAAGAACGUGUUCCCCUAAAAGAGAAAAAGAAAAGUAAAUCCAAAAAGGAAACCAAAGCUAAGAAAAAGAAGCAAGAUUCUGAUUCUGAGGAAGAUACUGAAAUGGUGGAUAAAAUUAAAAAGAAGUUGGAUAAAAAGAAACGCAAUUAUGAUUUGAGCAGUGAAGAAGAUGAUGGCGAAGAUACAUUUAAAAAACCUAAAGAAAAGGAAGUGGUCAAGCCUGACACAACCGAUUUAUUUGAUCAAUUAAAAGCUAAACGAGCUAAAAGUAAAAUUAAUCUUAAAGAUAUGGUGGCCGAAAAGGAUAAUGAAGGAGAAGAGGAUGAUAUUGAUUUAAAUUUCAAUUCUGAGGAUUAUCGCAAACGUUUAGCUGAAUUGGGCGAUGAUGACGAGAUGGAAGAUGAUGAGGACAAUGAACAACAAACAUUAAGCAAUCGUUCCCGCCGUGCCAAUGUAAUUGAAUCCGAUUAUGAUGAUGCUGAUGGCAAUGUUGUUGACAAUGUUAAUAAAGCCAACAACAGAGAUAAACAAGCCUUCAACGUUGCUGAUGAUGAUGACAACAAUAAUGCCGAUGAUGAUAGUGUUAAAUCCAUUAAAAAACAACAAACAGGCGACAAUAUAAAAGACUCCUUGUCUAAAAUUUCUACAAAAAAACGUCAACGUUCCUUAGAUGAAGACAAUAUAGCUGAGAUGGAACAAGAGGAUGAUGAGGACGAGGAUGCUAAAUUUCUAAAACGCAAAAAACCAUCACCAAACGAACAACGUGCUUCAGUGAUUGGUGAAGAACCAGCUAAACGACGCCGUGUUGCUGUCAUAGACGAUGAUGAUGAGGAUGAUUGAGCAAACAAUUUCAUUUUUACUUACUCUCUAUAUUAUAUGCAAUGAUUUUCAUUUAAUUUAAAUUUUUUAUGUUUUGUUUUACUUUAUUUUCUUGUUAAUUGGUUAAAAAGUGAAUGAAAUGAAAAGCAAAAUUAAUAUGUGAAGUCAAGACAUUUAAAAAGUACUUGUCUCAUUUUCUAUUCGUUAAGUUUUAAUUCACUUUUUUUUAAAUAAGCAUUUAACAUAUUUGUUCAUUAAGAUUACUUUAAUUUGUAACUUUUUUUCGUAUUUUGCUUUAAUCUCAGUUUGUCGUGUUAAUUUCCUAUUAUUAUACCAUUGCAUAUAAUCAAUGGAAUCUUGAAUUAUUGUAAUAAAAUAUUCUUUUAAAAAUUGGAUAAUGUAUGUA